AUGUCGACAACAGCUGCAGCGUCAACGAGCGUCGAGGCGCUACCACCUUUUGUCAUUCGCGCCAGCAGCUCGCGGCCCUCUACAUCGAAGAACAAGGCAGCCUCAUUACAGCGCCGCUUGAAAGGAUCCAAUACGCCGUCUCGACUGGUGCACUACUCGGGCGAGGCGCAUCCGGCGUCUUCAUCUUCGCGCCUUUCACGGUAUGGACCGACCUUCACGAAAGACGAUAUGGACGUGGAUCAGGAGGACAUGGACGCAGACAAUGAUGACGAGGACGAUGUCAAGAUCGCCGUCGCCGGAGGCAGCAUCGCGUCUUCGCACGUUUUCAUGAAGGGCCACGGCACAUUCCUGUCCGCCAACUCCGACGAGAUCCUGUCCUCGAUGUGUGGCACGGUCGAGCGCGUCAACAAGCUCAUAUCCGUCCGUCCGGCGCGAUCUCGCUACGCCGCUGAAGUGGGAGACCUGGUCAUCGGCCGCGUCACCGAAGUCGGACCCAAACGAUGGAAGGUCGACAUCAACGCCAAGACCGACUCCUCGCUCCAGCUCUCGUCCAUCAACCUUCCGGGCGGCAUCCAGCGUCGGAAGGUCGAGAGUGACGAGCUGCAGAUGCGCAACUUCUUCCAGGAGAACGACCUGCUGGUAGCAGAAGUGCAGAUGAUGUUCCAGGACAACUCGUCCGCGCUGCACACGCGAUCCUUGCGGUAUGGCAAGCUCAAGAAUGGUGUUCUGGUCACCGCUUCGCCGAAUCUCAUCCAGCGACUCAAGUCGCACUUCGUUCAUCUGCAGGACACAGAUCUGGCGCUCGAUGUCGAUCUCAUCAUCGGCCUCAACGGGUACAUCUGGAUCGCCAAGCAUUUUCCCUACAAUCAGCCGUCCAAUGCGGAUCAGCAAAAGGGUCUCGCAGGGUCAGGCGUGGGCAUGGACAUCGACGCGACCUACUCGGACCAGAACGAUGCGGAUCUCAGCGUAGAGUUGCGGCGUCAGAUUCAGAGGGUUGCAAAGUGCAUCCGCGUGCUCGAUGCCUACCACCAUCCGAUCUCGGACGUGACGAUCCACUCGAUGGUUUCGAUCUCGGUCGCGUACGUCGGGCAUAUUCUGCAGGAGCAGGAGCAGCAGGAUUGGCACCGCAAUGCCGAGCUCACGUCGUUGAUGAUGGAGCAGUUGCGAGCCGGGUCGAACCUGUCAGAGUAG